UUGAAAGUGUGUUUUCAUUGCUGUGUACGCGCUUGCUCCGCUAACAGUGUAACUUAUAUGUAUCCGAGUGAGAUGUCAGUUUAAUCCUAAUUAAAGACCACGCUUAUUUCUGACAAAACGCCACGUAUUAUGAAACACUCCCUGUGGAAUAUUAUUUGUAUUGAUUAUAAAUGCUUGAGAAAGACAUGGUAGCUAACGGAAGUAGUGUUGUUGCUAUCACUUAGGCUAGUUGGUUGGUUAUCUGCUACGUUGUAUUCAGUCAUAUUCGCAUUAACGUAACGUUACUUGAUUAGUUAAACACGUACUGUUUAACUAAUUUUCGCUAAUGCUGAGAUCUGUAGGUGGUUUAUCUCAUCACACCACACUAAAAUCAGGCCAUGGCUCAGCGUUACCACAGAGGCCAUCCUCCCGAGUCUGUUGAUAAGAGAUGCUCUGACCCCAGCAGCGGUGAUUAUGAGACGAAGAAGCGCCUCCGAGCGACGCAUGAGGGCCAGCAGCGAGCCGCCGGGACCCUGAGCGCUCACAGACAGCUGUACGAGAGACCCUUCCCGCUGUAUAAGCAGCCCGUGGAGGUGGGCUGCUUCUCUCUGGACUCCCGCAGGGUCUUCUGCAACGACCCGAGGCAGCUGCGCUACUACGUGCAGCCCGCACAGAGCCCAGGCUUUGAUCUGAGAGACGGAUACACCAGCCGCUUCGUCAAAAGAGAUGACAGCGUCAAAGAGAAGCUGGAUCACGUGCUGAGGUGGAUUCUGGCCAACAGAGACAAGAUCCAGACCAGGGUCCAGACCUCCUCAUCCAGUGCUCUAGGAGUGGACUUUGUGACAUGGAGAGGACACCUAACCAAAGUGCUGACCACCCCGUACGAGACUCAUGAGGGAUGGAUGCUGGCCGCCUCCAGGUUCAGAGGCAGCAUCUACAUCAGUGAGGUGGAGACAGAGGCGGCCCGAGUGAACCGAGAGACCCGCUCCGAGCGGCAGGAGGAGAUGAUGUACUGGGGAUACAAGUUUGAGCAGUACUUAUGCGCAGAUGAUGUGGAUGGGACUCCAGACCCAGGGGGCGUGGUGAACACCAAUGAAGCGUUCUGCACGGUGGUUCAGACGCGUCUGGCCGACCACACGCUGCUCUUCUCUGGAGAAGUAGACUGCCGCGUCAAAGACCCUGAUGCUCCUCCAGCACCGGGAUGUUAUGUGGAGCUCAAGACCUCCGCCGAAAUCUGCACCCCGAAGCAGAGAAGCAACUUCCACAGGUACAAGCUGCUGAAAUGGUGGGCGCAGUCGUUUCUUCCUGGAGUGCCACAGAUAGUCGCUGGGUUUCGAGACCAUGAUGGGAUAGUGGUGGGUGUUGAGACCAUCCCAACCUCGAAAAUUUCUCACCUCAUCAAGAACGAGUACAACUGCUGGAAACCAACAGUCUGUAUGAAUUUCUGCAACGAUUUCCUGUCCUUUGUCAAAUCAGUCGUCACAGAGGACAACCCAAGAGUGGUGUACCUGUUCACAUGGGAUCCACACAGAGACGUGAGCUUCACCGUCCACAGAGACUCUCAGUAUACCUUCUUACCAGAGUGGUACAUCCGGGACACGAGCAGUCCUCAUUCAUCUCAACACUGAUAUACUGAGCUCACACUGUGUGCAGUACAUCCUGGAUGUAUUGUAGCAGAGCAGUGCAUGACUAGCCAUUGAUUGUGUUUUUUUAUGAAUGUUCUGGAUUCAGUUUGUGGCCUUGGAAACAAGAGUUCCACCAAACAUCAACAAACAUGUCGACUUGAUGUGCGCGUUGACUUUUUUUAUAUAAAUAUAUUGUGAUUUUAUCCUUUAUGUUGAUAACCACAAAAUAUCCUUGAUCUAUUUAAGUUUUUAAGCCACACACAUUUUAUGAUUUUAACAGUUCUAUACAAUAUGAAAAUAUCAUUUACCACAAAUUGGCCCUAAUUCAUGAAAUGUGUUGUAAAGUUGUUCAAUUAAUUAAUUCAAUGUGA